AUGUUCUGUAAAAACCUGUCUGUCAUGUGUGGCUCUUCUCUCCAUACAGGCUACCAUUCCUGUCGAGAAGCAGUGGCUGCAUAUUACAACUGCCCAGAGGCACCAUUGGAGGCCCAGGAUGUCAUCUUAACAAGUGGCUGCAGCCAGGCCAUAGAACUUGCCUUGGCAGUGCUGGCUAACCCAGGCCAGAACAUCCUGGUGCCACGGCCUGGCUUCUCUCUCUACAAAACUCUGGCACUAUCUAUGGGAAUUGAAGUUAAACUUUACAAUCUCAUGCCAGAGAAGUCCUGGGAAAUUGAUCUGAAGCAUUUGGAGUCCCUGGUGGAUGAGAAAACAGCUUGUGUAAUUGUGAACAACCCAUCAAACCCCUGUGGCUCUGUGUUCAGCAAAAGCCACCUCCAGAAGAUCCUGGCAGUGGCAUCAAGACAGUGUGUGCCCAUCCUUGCUGAUGAGAUCUAUGGAGACAUGGUGUUUGCUGACUGCAAAUAUGAACCCAUUGCAACUCUCAGCAACAGUGUGCCAAUCUUGUCCUGUGGUGGCUUGGCAAAGCGAUGGCUAGUCCCAGGCUGGCGGAUGGGCUGGAUCCUAAUCCACGACAGGAGAGACAUCUUUGGUAAUGAGAUCAGGGAUGGCCUUAUCAGGUUGAGCCAAAGGAUCCUAGGACCCUGUACAAUUGUCCAAGGAGCACUGGAACGUAUCCUGCACAGAACACCCCCCGACUUUUACCACAACACCCUCAGCAUCCUCAAGUCCAAUGCUGACCUUUGUUAUGCUGCUCUGUCAGCUAUCCCAGGCCUCCAGCCUGUUCGGCCCGCUGGAGCCAUGUACCUCAUGGUUGAAAUUGAAAUGGAGCAUUUUCCUGAAUUUGAAAAUGAUGUGGAGUUCACUGAGCGGCUCAUCUCGGAGCAGUCUGUGUUUUGCCUGCCAGCUACAUGCUUUGAGUACCCAAACUUCUUCCGUGUGGUGAUCACUGUACCUGAGGAGAUGAUCUUGGAGGCCUGCAGUCGCAUCCAGGAGUUCUGUGAGAUGCACUACCAGGGUGCUGAGGGGGCCCAGGAUCUUGAGUGUGACAAGUAGCUGCAACCAACCUCCUGCCUCUGCCAGACUAGACCUUGUGUGAGGUGGUAGGCAGGGCUGCUUCCAGCCAGCACCAUGUCCCCCUGCCUGUAGGCAGGUGAUGUCCUGCUGCUUCACAGACCUCUCAGCACCAUAGAAAGAAGCAGAUCUCUCCUUUUCCACUGCACCUCCCACACCCUCUGGCAUCUGGUGCCUGUGGUCUCCAUAUACUCUGCAUCUGCACCCCAUACUGGUAUCUGUGCUGGCCACAAACCAGCCACAGGCAGGGACACCUGGCUGCUCCUGAACCAGGAUCCAUGGCAUUGACCCUGAGUGGCCAGUAGCUCCUGCACUGCCUGCACUCCCCCUCUGGGGCAGGAGAUGGCCACAAUCUCAGAGGACAAGAGACAUUCACCCACCUCUCACUUGUCUUACUUUAGGAGGCCAGAGCGCUUUAUACCAAGCCCUUUGUCCAGCAAAGGGAGUAAGUUAUUGUGACUUUUUUUUAUUAAUAAAUCUUCUGACAUGGCAGUCCCCAUAGUGUGUCAGUAAGGGCUUGUGCCUAGUGGGUCACUCUUGUUCAGCCUGUGGUGCCUGAUGUUUGCCUCUGUCCCUGCAGCUGCCUGGCUGGGGCCUGCCCUGCCACCAGCCAAAGCACAGGGACAGCCCGUUCAACCCUGGCAGUGCUCACCAGGUUGUCAGGGCAGGAGGGGCCCUGCAAACCUGGUACAGACAAGAGCCAACUGCUCCCGUUCCAGUGAGCCUAGAAGCUUGCUGUGGUGGCUGGGCCCCUCCACAGCUCACCCCAUCUUCUGCUGCUUGUUGAUCCUUACAGCCACAGCAGCGUGAUGUAUGCUAGUGCCCAGGUGGGCACUGCCAGGCACCAACCUCCAGAUAUUCAAGGUGGGUUUUUCCCACUCCAGCAGUAAAUGCCAAGGUGGUACUUCUCUGAAGUGCUUUCACUGUGUGAGUGUUUGUGAUGUGCUGCUAUGCCCAGGUUGCUGAUGGCUGGAUGCAUGAGCACCAUAAAGCGCAAAGAACCAAUGGCCUGGUGCCUAAUGGAAAAAUGGGCCCAUCAGACUGACUGCUGUAGUCAGGGGCUCAAGGAACAUUUUCUCUUCACACAGGAGUAAUGUACAGUGUGCUUCAUGCUGUCACCUGCAUCUCUCUUCACCUGCCUUAUGGCAAGGUGAAGCUCACAGGCUGUCUUUGCUUUCCCUCUGGUAUGAAAAAUGAGCUGGCUCUGAAUUACAUGCUGCCAGACCUCCUGCCAGGUUGUGUGGACUCCUCUUCUGUCCAGCACAAAAUCUGAGUACCAGUACGUAGGAGAAAGCUAUGUGAGAAAAAGAGCAGUGUUUGAAAAGGUACUCAUCAGCCGAGUGUUCAGGCUACAUCCUUCCCUUUCAAACAAAGCAAUCCCAGAAAAAAAGCGAUAAGCUGGGCUGUGAGGGAAUGAGAGGAAAUUUGGAGAUUUGAAGUUACUAGAUCUCAAAAUAGAACCAGAUAACAUGAGUUACUUGAGACAAAAAUUGACAAAUGAUAAAUAGAAUGGUGUAUGGGGAGUCUGUUGGGUCAGGAGGCCUUUACAGCAUGAUAUUGCUGCAUUGUUGUACUGUGUUGCAUCUACUGCAGCUGUCAAGUUUGUCUUGAACUCUUUCCCAAGUAUCUUGGGUUCUGAGGCUUUAAUUUCCAUUAAUAAUGAAUAGUUUUUUUCCCAUUUUUAAACAAAGCUGCUCCUUUCAGAUCCUUCUCCCUUCAUCAAUCCCCUUUCCUCCAGAGUGCUCCUGGAGAUUUCUGUUAACAUGUAACUAAUCUUUAGUGAUUAACAUCGUUCUGGUUCCUCUUAGCCAGCAAGCAUCUGAACAGCAGCCAGAGGCGUAUGCCUCUUUCUUCCUUAUAAAUCUCAAUAUACUUAGAUUUUUCAAGGCUACUUUCUCUAUUGCCAUCAUUAAACAUAAUACUGCCUUUGUGUCAAGAGUGCUUUGGUAGAAUUUUUCAGCACUCUAAUGGCGGAUCCACACCCAUCCUCUAUGUCUUAGCUGGGGAGCACAAGCUGUAUUCCCUGACACAGGCUUGCAGCAUGCUUAUCCUCUUUUCUUCAUUGUCUGGGCAAGCCGUGUUUAGGAGGAAACACAAACCCCAAACAGAGACCUAGGUGCUUAGGCUACACUUAUGCCUUUCUAAGGAAAUGAAGUAACUUCUCUGCUCCUAGGCAGAUGAAGAAAUUAAAUUAAGUGUUCUCAGCUUCCAAAGGAGCUGGCAGCAGAUUCACCUGCCUGUAGUACCACAAUUUGCCCUGCUGGGCUGGGCUCAAUCACACCUGCCAGCAGUUAGGCCAUCAGCUCAUCCAGGUGCCCUAAGAACGUGGAUUCAGCCCACUCUCCUGGCCCUCUCCUCAUCUACUAUCUCCUCUGGCAGUCCUGACUGUCCCUUUGUGGGGCUGCUGUCAGGAAUAGUUACUGAGUGCCUCCCGCCAUGAAGCUAUGGCCCUUGACCAUGAGAGACUGUCUUGGACCAGCCUGCUCUCCACUAGAAAGCAGAAUGCACCUGGAUCCAUUAGGGUUUGUCUUGGAACCUGGGCAGUCGCAUGGAGAUAAUCAAGGUAUGACUAAGGUCCUGGCAUUGGUCAGGAGUGGGAACAAAAUGCUAUGGGGAAACUGGUUGUACAAAGCUUGUUUGGAGGUGAAGGGUGGCACAUAGCCUCAUUUGUCCAAGAUGUAUGUGUAGGCCCUGUCAGAACUUGACACCAGAUGAGUUGACCUCCUUCAGUAGUAUUACCCAUGAGUACUGGAGGAAGGAAAUAUUCAGUGUGUCAAAGGGAGAUAUGAACAGGAUUCCACAAAGUGAAGUGUCCAGGACUGUAGGAAGGACAGUGGGUGUAAGAGGAAAUGGCAGCAGGAGGCUGGGGGACAGCAUUUUCUUAAGGUGACUAGGAGCAAUUGUUGAAACUAGACUAUAAGUAGAGGAGCUGUGGCAAAGGAAGGCUCAGUGUGGGCCAAGUCUCCCUACUGAUAGGGCAAGCACACAAAACACGUCAGUAGGGGUACUGUCACUUGAAAGCUGGCCAGCUAAGCUUACGAACCGUUCAGAACAAGGUUGUGGUUAUGUCUUAUAUAUUAGCCCUCAAUCUGAGAACCCAGCAGAAGGAUUCACUCACGUGUGGGUGAAGCAGGGUGGGCGAAAGAGUCAGCCAGCAUCUUUACUCUUGCCUACUGCAACUCUGAGUAGUCUUUCCUGUACGCUUGCUGUACUACGUGCGCCUAUUACCUGACAAUCUGCCUCACAGCUGUUAUAAGUGUUCCAUGAGUAAGAUGUAAGUCAUUCCCUGAACUGUUUGGCAUUUUAGGCAAAUAAUCAAGCUAAAUGGGAGCAAAGUCUGAAGAUCAAGUUUAUCUUCUGGGACUAGACUGUGUCAUUUCAGGCUUGUCUGUUUACCUUAAAUUGUUUACAAUUCAGAUUAUAACUUCACAGUUUAUCUCAAACUCAAGAAAAAGCUGUAGCAACAGAAAUCCAAUGUCACACCAGGCUGUGCCAGGGAAUUGCUAUGGAGAAUUGCUUUGUCUCAUGUAGGACAUCACUUAAGUUAUCUUCCUUGUUGUUCCUCAUUUUGAAAAUCAGAUGGAGUGAGUUCUGCUCUGGCUCAGGAGAAACCAACCCUAAGUGGCAUUUAGUGUGGGCAUUGCAUCUGUGCAUUCUGGCACUUGCCUGACAGUAGAUUUUCCUUUCCAAAUUCUAUGAACAAACGAUUCUAAUGCAACCAGAGAACCAGAGUAAAUGUAUAAAGCAUCCCUGCCAAAAAGAUCUCUUUCCAAAAGCCAAAGAAUUUUGCUUUGCUCUGCUGCCCUCAGCCCUAUGAAAGCAAUGAGCAAUCAAGCAAUUGAAGUGCAGGUUUUUUGUUGUUUUGUUGUUUGUUUGUUUUUCCAACUAGUAUCGAGUUUAUUUUCUGCAAAGAGCCAGGCUUUCCCUUUGAGUGCUAAAAUCCAGCGAUCAGUAGCGGGGUUUGCAGGCCUUUAUGUGAGCAGCUACACUGUAGCUUUUUGUCACAGAUCUAGCAGAUCAAAAACACUCUGUUCCCUACAGCCUUAGUCACCUCAGCUAGAGAACACCUAAACUUCCUCUGCCUCGAGACAGAGGCUUUCUGUGGCAAGCAUUUGCAAGUCCACAGUCACUGCAUUGAUUCAUGUGGUAGCUCCUGAUUUUAUACAUCUGGGAUGCAGGAAACGCGAGUCAAGAACUAACUGAUCCUUCUAAAUAAAUAUUAGCAAACACAUGAUAAUGAGACUUGUAGCCUACAUCUGCCUUUUUGCCAAGAGGAUUUAUUAAAAAAUAAAAAAAAAAAGGCAGUAGCUUUGCGAAUCUCCAAGGUGGAAGUCGUGAUCUGAGCCAAACGGGAUAACAAACUUCCGUUUAAAAAGAGAAUGUACCUCCCAUCCAUGCCCGGAAUCCUAUCAGCGAGUAAACAUUGCUUUCUCCAAAGGAGGGUGUUCCCAAGGGCAGGGCUUUUGAGGCAGAGGAGUUUAUUUUGAAGAAGAGGGGAGAAAUGCACAGAAUGUAUGAAGGCCUUUCAUCAGUCAGAGUCACCUUGUAUGUUGCAUGAGGUUGUGCUCUUGUGUGUGACAGAUGGCUCCAGGGUUAAUAUUCUUAAUAUUCUUGCACUGACUUAAUCACUAGAGCUCCUUUUGCAAUUGGUGGAAUGAGAGACUUCUGCAGCAUUGUUCCUGUGACCUGCUUUAUAUAUAAAUACAGUAUAAGAGAAAAUGUAUUCUACAAGGCAUGCGAGGGCAGUUGCUAAAAUUCUGGUUAGCAGUAAAGAUUCUGAAUAGGGAGAAAUUGCUCUUAGUCUCUUUUGAUACAAAAAUGUUGACAUUAUUAAGGUACAUAUUAAGGUACAUAUAUUAAAUAUAGUAUGCUAGGUUCAAAACAGAGGGCAGUAGUUCUCAACUUGCAGCCAGACAUUCUCAUUGCCAGGGAGUACUGUAGAUGCCAGAAGUACCGGUGAGCUCAAAGCAUGUCUGGACAAGUGAAAACAAAAAACCUAAGUGCUAUGAAAUACAAAGACCACUUCGCUCUCAACUGAUUUUAUUACACAGCUUCAGUACUGAUGCCUGUUCAAAAAUAUCACCCUCUCCUCUUGUCAUAGUCAAUGGAAAGAAACAUGAACUUCUAGGACAUCACUCUCUAACUUGUUUUGAACAUCCGUGUUCAGAUAUGUGAAUCAAGUACUCCAAAGCUCGCUGCAGCUGGGGAGCACCUAGGGAGGAAAGCAUAUUUUCUUCUUUGGGCAGCUGCUCUUGAUGAUGGAAGAAGACAGGGCAAAAUUUGAUCAGACUUUAGAGCUGAGCUAGUUCUCCUGCUCUAGCUGUUUCUCUCAUCAGACUAUCAAAGACAUGGCUUUGGGGUGCCUGUACUACAGUGUCAGAACUGAAAAAGUAUCUCUAGACCACACCUUCGAUGCUAUUUCUCACCCUAUUCCUAUUGCUGCUACACUGGUUCAGAUGUGUCUGUGUGUGCAUGCACAAUACACAAUUAUUUUCUCCUUCAGGAAAUAAGAAAUGGCAGUUCACAGGGCUUGCAAGUCCGAGUCCCUAGAAAAUACUUCUAAUCAAGGAAUGGAGUAGAAAACAGAGAUAUGGUCAGCCACUGUUUGAGGUGGAAGGAAGUUACUCAAGACCAAGUAGUAGGGGGCUAAUUGCCAUUAAGCACACGUUGACUGCUAUACGAUCGUGCUUUGCUUCAUCUGUUGCUUAAAGCUUAUCAGUCAGACAUACAGGGAGAAGCAGGUCCUUUGUUCAAAUGCCAGAGUAUUCUCCUUCACUUUCCACAGUGUGCAGGUUUCUAGGAGGGCAGAGUGCCAGAAAAAUGUGCCUUCCCAAGCCUUGUCUCCAAAGAAGAGUACAUUCUUCCCCUCUAUACAACUACUUAUGCCACAGAGGCUGCCUUCUGGAAAGCUCAGCCAAGCGGCUCGUACUUGUGAUCUGUGCAAAUGAAAAAGUCUGAGCUCUGUGACUGGAGCACUGUACAGCAGUGUUCAGUGCUGCCAUGGAGCCUGAAUACUGGUGCCAAAGGACCAGCAUGUCCUGGACAAACUACGUACAGGUGGAGUAGGAGUUUCAUGAGUCUCUGUUCAUGCAAGUGUUAGUAGGGAGAAAUUAGGCUUCAGGAAUUGUGACCUUAGAUAUCGGUUUUGUAACUCUUACAGACAUUUUUGCUCAAGGGCAUUAUUUAGCUGCUCAGGGACACAAUACAGUGAAGGGUUGUUAGGGUAGUUUGGUUAGAUUGUUCUUAGACUUGAUGAUCUUUAAGGUCUUUUUCAACCUGAGCGAUUCUAUGAUACAUACAAAUCCAUCCUACAGAUGCUGUCUGUGAGGGACUAGGAACACAUAGCUGAAAUCCAGGCUGCACAGAACUUUGCUUGCUUGUUUCCAUAGGGCCAUAUCUGGACAACUGUCAGCUUCUAGCCUUGUUUCCUGACCAAAAGUUACCAGGGCUUGACCAUCUGUGUUUGUAAUGAAGCAAGUGAAAGGGAACAUGACCUUCCCUUCCCUGAUCAGGCUGUCCCUCCUGCUGGAAGGGCCUGUAUUUUUUCCUACUACUAUUUCUUACACUCCAGCAGUCCUCAGAGCAGUGCAGUAAGAUCUCCAGGAACAGAGGGCACCAUCAGGAGGUCAACAUCUCACCAGAAAGCAUAACAGAAAAGAUUACACUUGGAAUAGGAAUUACCCAAAGUGACUUGUCUUCUCACAGUUGCAGAAUAUUAUGCAUUUCCCCAGUUUGGCUCUGCUCUUCUUUACCGCUUUACCUGGCACAGCCCAACUGCAGCUCCAAUAUCCUUCUGAAUUAUUAACAAGACAAGUCUGGCAGCUCCUUUUUCUGCUGCCUCUUUCACACAAUUUUCAGUUCCAAAAAAUUCAACUCAAGCAGGUCACAUUCCUGUUCCACAUCUUAAAGACAACAGGCUCUUCUGAGGCCUGCAACAGAUCUCAGCAAAAUCAACAUUCAAUUGCCCUCAUGAAUUUCAUGACCCUUCUCAUUUAUUUAUAGUGUAUGGACCUUUGUUCUCCUGCAAGAAACUGCCAUUCCCAUGCUUUGCUGCUAGUGGAGGGUGGAGUUUUAUAAUUUAUGGCAGGUAAAAGUAGGCAGGCACAGUAGUCAGAGCUCAGGCAUAAAUGAAAGGUAGAGGAGGUAGCGUGAGGUGUAUAGAUAAGAGCUGAGUACACAUGUGUGAGAGCCUGGCAUGAAGGCUGAGUGCCUGUAUACGAGUGCAGGUGUUUUGUAAGGCUCCCUGAAACAGUGUAUACUGCUGAAGUAUACAUAUGAGAGGGAAGCCUUGCUUGAAUCAAGUCUG